AUACCAACCUAACGGGACGCACCUUUACUUCACCUCUCCAACGACCCGACAGUGUUGUUGAGUUACCUCGAGUGUUUAGUGUGAUAACUUGUGCGAAAUCAUACGAAAUGAAGUGAUUUUUUUCAGUGCCAAAAUGAUCGGAUAAUUAAAAAUAACGCAACGGAUUUUUCUAAAAUGUCCGAGAGGAGAUAGACAUGGAGUGGAGUACCGGAGAUCUGAUCUGGUUUGAUCCAGGAGUGGGCCAUUGGCUCCCUGGUGAGGUCCUAGAAUGUCACAGGAGUGCCAAUGUGUUAACCGUCCAAGCAGUCAUCAACGGAAAGCCUCAAACGUUCGCCCUGACGGAGGGCGAGGGCUCCGUCCGCCGCCGCCAGGACCUGGGCCCCGGCGGCGUCGAGGACAUGAUCCAACUCACCGACUUGCACGAAGCCGCCUUAUUAUGGAAUCUCAAGCUGCGAUACGACCGGAACUUGAUCUACACGUACGCGGGAAGUAUUCUCGUGGCCGUUAACCCCUACAGGAUGUUCGACUCCAGCUACGGAAUCGAAGCGGCCCAAAGAUAUAAAGGCAAAAUGAUCGGCGCUUUGCCCCCACAUCUCUUCGCUUUGGGAGCAUCCGCUUAUUCCUCACUACCCGCCCCCCAGGUCGUGGUAAUCAGCGGCGAGAGCGGCUCCGGGAAGACUGAAUCUACUAAAUUAGUCAUGCAGUACCUAGCGGCGGUGGCCCCUUCCGCCCCCAGAGGACAGGCUUUAGUCACGGAGCAAAUUCUCGAAGCUGCACCCUUACUAGAAGCUUUUGGAAACGCACGAACAGCACGGAAUGAUAACAGUUCGCGGUUUGGGAAGUACCUCGAGGUGUAUUUUAAACAUGGAGCUAUCGUCGGUGCUAAAGUCACUCAGUACCUUUUGGAAAAGUCGAGGAUUAUUACUCAAGCGCCGGGGGAACGCAAUUAUCACGUUUUUUAUGAACUUUUAGGAGGUUUGACUAAUACAGAGAGACAGAAAUAUGGUCUAGUCGAUGCUGAUAAGUACUUUUACCUCAACCAAGGGGGCGGAGAUUGUGCGCCAGGUCAUUCUGGGUCGGGGGCUGACUGGGGGGCUCUUACGAGAGCCAUGCAAGUGUUAGGGGUCGGUGAAGCAGAACAAGAAGGGAUAAUAAAGGUUCUAGCCUCGGUUUUACAUUUAGGAAAUGUAUAUUUCCAUAGAAGGCAGCUCCGGCAUGGCCAAGAGGGUGUGGAAGUUGGAUCUGAUGUUGAAAUUAAGUGGGCCGCUCAUCUUUUGCAAAUUUCCCCCAAUGGUUUGCAAAGAGCCUUGACUUCAAGAAUUACCGAAGCUAGAGCCGAACGAGUUUACUCGCCUUUAAGUAUAGAUCAAGCUCUUGACGCGAGAGAUGCUUUUGCUAAAGCCCUGUACUCGGCACUUUUCAAUUGGUUAGUGACUCGUGUCAAUUCGAUUGUCCAAAGAGGCGGCCUUCACGACGCGGCUCGAAUCUCUCUACUAGACAUUUUCGGGUUUGAAAAUCUCAACGAAAACUCAUUCGAACAGUUAUGCAUCAAUUAUGCCUCAGAAUCAUUACAAUUGUAUUUCAACAAGCAUGUGUUUAAACUGGAACAACAGGAAUAUGCAAGGGAGCGUCUAGAAUGGACUAACAUGACUUGGAUGGAUAACACACCAGUCAUACAUCUCUUGGGCAAAAAACCAGUUGGCAUUCUACACCUCUUAGACGACGAAAGCAACUUCCCAAGAGCUUCAGAUGCUUCAUUUUUGGAAAAAUGUCAUUAUAAUCACGCUUUGAAUGAGCAUUACUGUCGGCCAAGGGUUGGUGGACGUGAAUUUGGGAUUAGACACUUCGCUGGACAAGUCUGGUAUUCGGUUGAUGGUUUCCUCGAUAAGAACCGAGACGCUUUGCGCCCGGAAGUGGUCGAGUUGAUAUCAUCAAGCAAGGAACUAUUGGUUGCCUCCAUUGCCAAACCUUUGAUCAACCAAACCCAAAGUCGUACCCUUCCAAAGGGCACUGAUGGCCGUUUUGUGACGAUGAAACCAAGAACACCUACUGUUGCGGCCCGUUUUAGUGACAGUCUUCAACAACUCCUAGAGUCUAUGGCUCGGUGUAACCCUUGGUUCGUCCGAUGUAUCAAACCAAACAACGAUAAAAGUCCCAUGCGGUUUGAUAUGCCGGUGGUUCUGGAACAACUGAGAUAUGCAGGAAUGUUGGACACUAUUAAAAUCCGUCAGUCGGGAUAUCCGGUCAGGAUGAAGUUUCAGCAAUUUGUUGAAAGAUAUAGGUAUUUACUUUCUGGCGUGUUGCCAAGAGGUGCGCCGUAUAGAGACUUAUGUCGGGCUAUUCUGGAACAAAUGCCUUCCACGGGAGCUGAAGGACCAGAUUAUCAAUUAGGAGCAACCCGUGUAUUCCUCAGAGAAAACCUCCAACGUCAAUUGGAAAUUAAACGAUCCGACUGCCUCCGAGACUCAGCUGUUGUAAUCCAAAAACACAUCAGAGGUUACUUGGCGCGUAAGAACUACAAGAACCUCAGACGCAGUACCGUAACAAUCCAGAAACAUUGGCGUGGUUACAAGCACCGAAAACAAUUCAAAACAAUCAGACAUGGAGUCAUCAAAGCUCAAGCUCUUGUCCGAGGACGAAGAGAACGCAAGCGCUUUGCGCAAAGAAAAGCGGACUUCAAGCGACGUGUCGAAGCUGAGAAAAUGGCUAAAGAACGUGCUAAACAAAGAGCCGCUAGAGAAGCACAAUUACAAAAAGCUGCACCCAAAUCAAGCGUCCACCAUCUUGAAAUUCCAGCAGAACUGGCUUUCAUUUUCUCAAAAAUAGAAAAUUUCAACCCGCCACAUACCGAAAGAAACCUAAUCAAGGUUCUAGGUGGUGUCACUGGGACUAUUCCUCCGUUAAAUCUACCGCAUGAUCUGAAUCAGUAUGAGUUUUCCCGAUUCUCCUCAGUUUACUUUAAAGGAGCCGAUCUUGGGAUGAGAAAAGAACCAAUUACAGCACCCUUCCUGUCCAAGGCUGCAACCAGAGAUCAAGAUUUUCAAGACGCUGUUGCGCUGUUUAAACUGAUUUUGCGCUGGUCCAACGAUGGACAAUUGACUGGACCGCGGGAAAGAGCUCUUGCUGACUUUAUUGUGUACAAAGCCUUGAAUUCUAGAGGAUUGAGAGAUGAAUUGUUGGUACAAUUGUGUAAUCAAGUGUGGCGGAAUGAGAACUCUGAUCGGAUUUGGCAACUGAUGGCUCAUUGUUUGAGUUGUUUCCAGCCGAGUCCGCCAUUAAGCAAGUACCUUCUAAAAUUCAUAACCGACCACGCGUCUUCAAAUUACAAAGAACUGUUACAAAGAAAGCUGACAAGAAGUUUGCAAAAGGCACCUCAUGCUCGCUCCCUUCCUCCGACUCUCCUCGAAUGGCGAAGUAUUCGCCAAAGGACGAAUACAGCUCUUCCUUUAACACUUCCUGACAACAACGUUGCUUCAGUCAACGUUGAUUCUUGGACAACUUGCGAAGAAGCGGCUUCUGUUGCUAUUAACUCGCUAGGUUUAACCGCGGAAGGCUGGAGUGUUGUGAUGGACGACGCCGGGAUAGUAUCAGAAGGAAGCGGCUUAGACUACAUCAUGGACCUUGUAUCCGAACUAGAAUUAUGUCCCGCUUUUCCCAUAUCUAAAUCAUCUCUUCUUAAGAUUGGUACCCGCAGAGCUGCACCUGCCGAAAUCGAUCACUCACCUACAACUCCAACCAGACCUCAAGUACCACCACCGGAACCCCCAACGCACCUCAAUCGGAAAAUAUCACGUGAAAUGUCACGGCAGUCGCCCCCUAAUCACAAAUCAAACCAAGUAGCUUCUCGGAAAGUCUCCCGUGAGAGUCACCGAGAGUACUCACCGCCGGUGACUAGUACCCCAGCUAGAAAAUCCUCACAUGAAGCUCUUUCGCGUAAUUCUGCUCUCAAUGAACGAUACUUUGAUAUAGAAAAAGUAAGGUCUCGGAGUUUGGAUAAUCUGCUAAGUGAGCCUGAACCGACCCCACUCUCCGAUUUAGGGUUGAGUCAAUCGAGAUUAAACGAUCGAUACCACUCUGUCGAGCAGUUAGCACCAAUUAAACCAGUUUUGGCCAAUCAGAAUUACAUGUCGAAACAAGAGAUUGAUUUUGAGUACCCCGACGUGUCUAGUGUUAGUACUUCACACCGAGGAGGUCCGAGGUAUAUAAAGUCGCAAUACACCGGCAAGAAGGCUCCUCCGGGGUCACACUCGAGCCGCGCUCAUAUCGAGAAAUCAGAGUUUGGAGUCAGAAGUUCAGCAAUGUCUGAUACUAGCGAAACACCAAGCUUGGCAAGUCAUGUUAGAAGAGUCAGAGUACCGAGUCAGGCGUCAGACGUUGACCAGUUUUUGGACGAGUUGUUUAGUCCAGUACUUGACGGGAAUUUAGAUGAAUUGAGUGAUGCUCGUUCCUUGGCUGCGAGUAUCAAAGGUGGUACUCGAGACGACUAUUCUGAUUUUCUUGAUGAUGUUUUGGGUACUGUUGACGAAAGUUUGGAUAUGUCUAAUGCUGGUUACAUUGCAAAGAAAAUAAAAGGUGGAGGGCACCGAAACCGACGAGACAGUCAAGGUAGUUCUGUUCUAGAUCAGGAAGUUGAGCAAUUGACUUCUGGGACGUCACAGCCAAGUACUUCGAGAACUUCCGCCGAUAAAGGCAAUGUUGAUGAUUACAUUAGCGAUUUGUUUCGACCGAUUUUUAUAAAUGAUAGUUUGAAAAAUCUGACUGAGAAACACAAUUUGGUUGAUAGUAUAAAAGGUGGCGGUACCACUCAUCAACAAAAUGGUGCUGGUCCUAGUUACACUUUUCCGACCAUUCCUGCACCCAUAGUAGGGUCACCACCAGUACUUAUGCCAAUGUUGAGUCCUACCCAGGAGGGUUUCAUGCCAGUUUAUAAUGUCCCACCUCCGAACGGUACUGACAUGGCAACGUAUCAACAAAGUCUUCAACGGGCCUUUCUCCAGUCAGCAAUGGCCCAAAACAUACAAAUCCAACAACAACUCCUUGCACAAAACCAAGCUCUGCAACAACUACUAACACAACAAAUCCCAAACGAAGUCAAAGUCAACGAAGCCAUACAAACCACCGUUAAAGCCCAAGUCCAUCAAUCAUCUCCUAAUCGUAAAUCAAGUUUCAAGACAUCUAACAGUACCCGGAAGAGCAGUUCUCCAAGUACAAAUGAUUACAAAUCACGCAAAGCCAGUUCCGAGUCUAACAUGAGUAUCAGAAACGGAGUACCACCCCCACCACCAAUGCCUCCGCCACUUGAUGGUACCGACCCUAGUGAAGCUCGACCAUUUUUAGACCCAUAUGGCCGCGCCAAAACUGUCCGAAUAGGCAAAUGGCGGUGGCCACCACCGAAAGAUGAAAAAGUGACUGAAAAUGGGGAAGAUUUUAUGCAUUUUAAAAUGCGCCAAAGCCAGAGAAAAAUCACACCGGUCAGAGACCAAUCAAUGACAAAUGGACAUCCGAAAGUCGAGCAAUCUUCGGCCGAAUGGGAGGAAAUCGAGUUUGAACCCAUAGUACGAGAGCCGGAACGGCCGACUAAAGUAACUUCAAAACGUUCAUUUGAGAUCGGGGCUUCCAGGCCGUCCCCAGGGAGCGUCGGAAAACUCAAACUCAGUUCUGAAAUGCGUCAAAGACUAGAAAAAGUCACCGCGAACCACUCGGUGCGAUCCACAAGUAGUCAUGUGGAAAAACCAGCUCGUGCUGUUAAUAAAUUGGAAGAUACGAGGAAAAUGAUGUUGGAGCAACAACUCGCCGGGAGAUGGGGUGACGACUCUCAGGACUUACCCAGCGGGAAGUCAAGUCCAGUCACUCCUCCUCAUAUUAGUCACAACGGAAGUACCUCUCCGACUCAACAGAGCUGGUCAAGUUCCAACUGGAAACCCGGUCCCCCUCCACCACCAAUCGGACCCAACUCUCUUCCUCCAGCUCCUCCCGGGCCGGCUCCGCCCCCUCCUGUGAUUCGACCCAACCAACCCCCACCCCCAGUGGAGCCUGUGCGUGAAUCUUUUAUGGCUCAGCGCCAAGAUAGGGAUACUUUUGGUGUCCACCAAAACCGGGUUUUGCAGAAUAGUUCCAAGAGGAACUCGUUUAGUGCCAAUUGGGAAGUACAGAGUGCCAUAACGCAUGAAACUCAAGACGAUAGCACUCAUUGGGCUAAAGACGCAUUAGAUUUAGAUAAGGCAGAUGGGAGGUUGUCGCGAGACAGCUGGGAUCAAGCUGACUCAACAACGAUUACUUCAAGCGAUCAACCGAGAAGGAUUAUAAGUGAACGUUGGGAAACCGAAAGAAAGAAAGUUGGGAAAGACACAGGGGAAAGACCGACGUUUAGAACACACCAGUUUAAUAAGAGUGCGCAAGAGAGGGAAAAGAAGCAUUCGAUUGCGUCGACGCAGAUGACAGACAAGACGGACCGAAAUGACGUGCAAGAAUGGCCAGAAUUCAUGCGCCCCAUCCACACGCCACCCCCCAAGUCACCUGUGAUCCACCGGAGCCAAGACCAGGUCCAAAGCCAAUCACCCAAAACAACGAAUCGGCUCCUACCCUUAGGGGCCUCAGCGUGUGUGACCUACAACCGCGUAUCAUGGCUUUUGAGAGUGAGGAAAGAAGUUUUCUCCCCGAACGAGCCUUUGGGCCCCCCUUCGAUCCUGCACUUGAUCUUCUGCCAAAUCGUUGGUGACGUUUACGGCCUCACUCCUUGUCUCCGACUAACCCAAACCGAAAAACGGGCUGGGGUCAACAUGCUAUCAGGUUAUGGCAUAACCGCCGAGAAUUACAACAGUUCACAUAGGGCCAAUAUUAAGCGAAACGUGAUUGAGUUGGCCCGGACGUGGCCUUUGUAUUUUGCCCGGUUGUUUCCGGUUUCAGGGGCUGCACAGUUAUCGGAUGUCCAACUUGUCGCUGUAUCCCACUGGGGUAUCCACUUGGUUAAAAGAGAGCAAACUCACCUCCAAGUUAUCAAAUCGUAUCCUUUGAAAGAUAUCGCCUCUUGCACAGCCCCCCGUCCCACUACUGUCAGUUUCGAUGCUCCUCAACGGCGUCUCAGUCUUCACACCCCCCGUGCUCAACAAUUAUCCGAAAUGGUGACAAAAUACUGCGCUGAGAAUCGCAAGUUACAAAUGAAAUUAUCGCCGCCGCAGAGAGUACCACAAGUCGAACAACGCAGCGAAGUUUCACCAAGAAAGGCCAACAAUGUGCAGGAAACGAGACUUGCAGCCUCUCCGACUGAGAUGAGAGCCGAAAUGAGAGGCGAAAGGGCACAAUCGCCGAGUAGUCCUUUGCCCCCGACUGGAAAGUACUCCCUAAUGCAGUUCGCUAUGCACAACUUUAGGCAGUCAGCAGAUUUGGAACUUCUCAAAAUGGACUCGUCGAUAAAAUCCAAAGAAAAGCGCAAAGAAUGGACUUGGAAGCAACAAACCGAUUUGAUUAAAUGGCAAGGGACACCCAUCGACGGCCCUCUUCUGCGUCUAGAAGACCCCGAGCUCGGCCCUCUUGCCGUUGAGUGUUUUGAGUGCAUUUUGAGGUACUGUGGAGAUCUACCACUAACCCCGGAAAUGCCCGAAGUGAAGUGUGUCUAUACAGUGCUGAUGCAUUGCCACAAACACGCCCAAUUACGUGACGAAGUCUACUGUCAACUCAUGAAACAGACAACUAGUAACAAGUCUGAGUCACCAGAAUCCUGCCAACGGGCUUGGAGACUCCUCUCUAUCGUCGCAGCGUAUUUUGCUUGCUCUGAUAACCUUUUACCGUUUUUGACCGAACAUCUGUCCAGUGCUGCUUCGGACAGACGACGAGUCUGUCAUGGCACUGCGGCCGUCUGUCUUGCUAAUUUAAGAAAAACGCAGAGGUGUGGAGGCCGUAAAAACGUCCCCUCGGUUGAAGAAGUAACAGCGGUGAGUGCCGGUCGUAGUGCUAGACGACAAAUCUACAGACUACCAGGGGGAGCAGAACGAGUGGUCAAUACUAGAUGUAGCACCGUGGUCGCCGAUGUAAUCGCAGAAUUGUGUAGUUUGAUCGGUGUUGGAACCGAAGCCGAACAACAAGAAUUUAGUCUUUAUUGUAUAGUCCAAGGAGAUGCCUUCACGAUGCCUCUGGCCGCCGAUGAAUACAUACUAGACGUCACAACCGAGUUGCACAAAGCCGCCCAACCCUUCUACUUAAUCUUCUGCCGGUCGGUCUGGUACCACCCCCUCAAACACGAUGCUAGUCCACUUUACACUGAAGUUUUGUUCAACCAAGUGGCCCCUGACUAUCUUGAAGGCCUCCUCUUGCGUUUAGGCAACCCCAACUUGCCCCCAAGUGUCAUCCGCGACAUGGCCCUAAUCGCGGCUCUCCUCCACCGCGCGGCUGACUUAAAUCACCCCCCGAGUCUCAAAGAAGUCAAGUUUUUGCUCCCGAAACCCGUCUUGGGUUUAAGGGAACCCCGGCCUCCGCAGUGGCUGGCUCUAGUCCAGACUUCGUGGGGGCAAGCAGCCGGUUUGCAAGUCUCGCGAGCCAAACACCGCGUCCUCCAGAUUUUGAGCAACUGGCCACUGUUUGGUAGCAGUUUCUUUGCUGUGAAACGCGUUUCUGGCGAUUUGGAGAAUUGGCAAGAGCAUAUUUUGGCGCUUAAUCGCAGUGGAGUCCACUUUUUGGACAUGACGAGUCAUGAGACUUUGCAGCAUUGGCCGUUUGCUGAAGUGAUUUCGACGAGGAAGGUCAGGUCGGAGGAUGGAGCGUUGUUUUUGGAUAUGAAGUGUGGGAAUUUGUUGCAGCAACGGGUGACGAGAUUGCAGACUGAACAAGCUCAUGAGAUUUCCAGGUUGGUUAGGCAGUAUAUUAAUCUGGAGCAGGCGAGCAGUUCCAGGAAUUAGUUUAGUCGUAGGCUUAGGUUGUAUAGUCAUUGUUAACAUUGCUCACAUAUCCGUGUUAUUCCCUUAUACGUAAUUGAAGUAAUUUUGGUAAUUGUGGAACGGAAACAUCGAGGUUUGCUGUUGGCCAGUAAAGUCGAAAUUGUUUGUUCACAUGGGGUUAAUUGGUAGUUUCACAAUUACUUCAUUAUUUAUUGUACAUACCCAUAAAAGUACGCAGUGUAUAUUAUUUUAUACUUAAUAAUUUUUUGCGACUGUUUUAGCUAUAAAUAUAUCUUAUAUUGUCUCUUAAUUCUGAUUCAACAAAAAAAUUCUUUUGUUGUAUGGGAAUUCGUUUGUUAAGUAAUAUGUAAUUAUGAGAAAACAUUAUUGUUAUUAUACACAUGAUGUGCAUUAUGAAAGGCCGGAUUUGAUUAUUUAUUAUUGAGAUAUGAAUUAAAUCUUCCAAGAUUAAUUCUUGUCCGACAUUGACGGUGGCCUUUGUGGAAUAUUCUCUAUGUAAAAUUAUUGGUGUUUGUAUUUUCUAUUAAUAAAAGUAUUUUAUUGAA